AUGGUAACAGGAAUAUUCAGUUCAGGUGACAUUCCGGGAGCAGUGGAACGACAAUCGGCUCCAGUUUGACGACAUGAACGGUCAGAUCCGGUAUCUGGUGCUCACAGAUCCGGACAGGAUUUGGAAACCCGACCUAUUCUUCUCCAAUGAAAAGGAGGGCCACUUUCACGAGAUAAUUAUGCCAAACGUUUUGCUCCGUAUUUAUCCCAAUGGGAACGUCUUGUACUCUAUACGUAUAUCAUUAGUACUCGCCUGUCCAAUGGAUCUCAAAUACUAUCCAUUAGAUAAACAAACUUGCUCCAUUCAAAUGGCCAGUUGUGAGUAG